AUGCCUAAGUCAAAGGAACUUGUGUCUUCAAGCUCAUCUGCGAGUGAUUCAGAUAGUGAAGUUGACAAAAAGGCAAAGCAGAAAAAGCAAGUAGUUCCAGAAAAGCCUGUAAAGAAACAAAAGACUGGUGAAAGUUCAAAAGGUGCAGCUUCUUCUAAGCAAAGCAGUAACAGAGAUGAGAAUAUGUUUCAGAUUGGCAAAAUGAGGUAUGUCAGUGUUCGUGACUUUAAAGGAAAAGUCUUAAUUGAUAUUAGAGAAUAUUGGGUGGAUCGGAUCCAGAAAAUGAAGCCUGGCAGAAAAGGUAUUUCUUUAAAUCCAGAGCAGUGGAACCAGCUGAAGGAACAGAUUUCUGAUAUUGAUGAUGCAGUAAGAAAACUGUAAAUACAGAGCUAUACAGAAACCUUUUCUCAUUUUAGUUGUUUUAAGUGGUCUUUUUACAUUGGCAUUUGUUUUCUAAAAUAUUGUUUUCCAAGCAUAGCUUGUAUAUUUGGAUUGCAGAAUGAUUUGUAAGGUGAAUACUUUAUGUGCAUUAAAAGUGUAUUCUGAGUGAGGCUAUUUGUGUAUACUUUACUAAAAAGGAAAUGUGUUGCUUUCACCUCAUGGUAUAAAAUAAAUCAAAUAUAAUAUGUAAAGCAUGGAUGUUUAUGGCCUUUUGAUUGAAGGUGCUGGUAAGGCUGCCUAAUAGCUUUAAUUUUAGUUUUAGUUCAGUUAACUGUUAAUGUGAAUUUGUUUUCUGAGGAGAUUUCUUAAAAUGUCUCCAUUUUAAUUUUUUU